AUGGCCUGCAACAACACAACAUACAUAGAACUGAUCAACUCAAGCAUCAGCCUACAACUACAACUUCACAAGUACUCCUUCCACGUGGAGAACCUCAACUACAACAUUCCCACGGCAAUGCUGGUGAGCAAGUGCGUCACGCCCAUCUGGAUCGUCAUUGGGCUCUUCGGCAACAUUAUCUCAGCCUUAGUCUGGGCCAGUCCUCGAAUGAGGACCUGCAGCACCGUCUCAUACUAUCUGACAUGUUUAGCUAUAGCCGAUCUGACCUUUUUGAUCCUUCACUUCAUCUACGAGCUGGAGAAUCCUUGGCUGUUAGGUACCCUAGACGUUCAGGGAUGGUGUCAAAUCUUCUCUAUGGCCAACAUUGCCGUCCAGUACUUCUGUGUGUUUCUAGUCUUCGCCUUCACCGUGGAACGAUUUCUCUCCGUUUGUUAUCCCUUUAAAUCAGAACGAUUCGGCAAGAGCAGAACACCCAGGACAAUCUUCUGCUUGUUUGUCCUCUCCCUUAUUCUCAGCAUUCCACAAGGAUAUUUCUGGAUUAUCAACGUGGUUGGAGAAUGUCUGUUCCGUCCUUCUGAAGGAACUAUGCUGUCUCCCACUUUCUUCGCCAUAUACACUUGGUGCACGGAGCUUUUCAUUUUUCUUCUACUUCCUGUCAUUGUGUUAUUUCUAAACGUGACGGUUAUCUAUAAGAUUAGAAGUGUAGGGAAAUUGAAAAUAGGCAGAUCUAGUAACAUAGCCAGGGAUGUUCGGGCUCCUUUUGCCGUCAAUGACACUAGCAUGUCUGCACUGGUGGCUGAAAGUGAGAGUCUGCAAGCCACGCAACCGAGUCGAAACAACGGAGGAUACAGUUCCAGUAACAAAGGAUCUACGGCCACUCUCCUGUGGGUGUCAUUCUACCUAAUCUUUACCAUGUUGCCCAACACGUUCAUGUAUGCCAUGCAAUACAUCGUUCCUUACGGACCCAUGCCGUGUCGAAUCGAGGAUAUGGCACACGAUCCCACAUGGCGUGCCUACUUUAACUUUACUGCCGUAAGAAUCAUCAUCAAAGAAAUCAGCCUUUCCCACCACGUGGGCAACGUUUUCAUCUACAUGGCCACUAGUCGGCGCUUUCUCAAACUGACCAUCCAGAGCUUUUGUCGUCGGCCACAGAGCGUCAGCGGUGAACCUAGGGACACAUCGCUCCACGCCAUCCGGGUCACACAGACACGAUUUCUUGGGGAUGGCGUAUAA